CACAUUAAAAGGAAAAAAGAUAUGGCCUGUCAAAGAUGGCGGCCAUUAACAAUUUGUACGCGCCAAUCUGUCGCGAAUGGACUUCCUCCUGCUCUCUCCUCUGUUUACAUAAACUCCCGCCUAGGCACGUGAAGGGCACUGCAAUCCAAUCCUGAAAGGAGAAGGAAGAAGAUGGCGAGAUCCAUAACCCAUUUCAGCCACCCCCAUGAUUUGGUUCUGCAACCCUCCACUAAGGUUGCUCCCGUUAAUGGAGCGACAUGCUCUUUUUGCCACACCGGAGCACGCACCGGCAAGGAAGUUUAUGCCUGCUCUUCUUCUUAUUGCGCCGGCUACAUCCUAGAUCCCACCUGCGCAAGCUUGAAGAAACAGGAACUUAUCCCUGCCCACAAGCAGCACGUGCUCGACCUCAUCACCGAUUUUCCGGCGCCGGGAACCAUUGCCUGCAAAGCCUGCGGCGGCUGGAUCGUGAACAACAGAUACAGUUGCAGCGACGGCAAGACCUGCAGCUAUGACGUCCACGCGUGUUGUGCUAAAGUCCCAGAGAAGUUGAACUCCAAGUUCCACGAGCACACGCUCUACCUGCACUUUCCCGGUCCCCAAAGCGACGGCAGCCAUGGAUUCCGGUGCGGGCAGUGCGGACAAGGGGAUCAAGGGUUGUGGGGAUACACCUGCAAGGUCUGCGACGAUGGGUUCUUCCUGCAUCUAGAUUGCAAUGUCUUCUUGCCGCCGCCGCCACCGACGUUCAGCCGCAGCAGGGGCAUUCAUAUUUUCCACAAAAUCGAAAAGAAGAACGACGAUGGCAACGACAACAACAACAAAUUGGCUCAGGAGAAAGAAGAAAGCCACCGCCAUCAUCACCAUCACACUAAAAAGAUUGUGGCGGGCGCAGAAACCUUGAUGCUUAAAGCAGGUAAGAUCUUCAAGCACAGGGGAAAAAAUCAAAACGAGGAACAGGGGGCGGCGGAGGAGACUGGGGAGAUGGAGGCGGCGGAGGAGACUGGGGAGAUGGAGGCGACGGGGGAGAUGGAGGCGGUGGGGGAAGCUGAGUUUGGUCUGGAUGAGGAAGCUGCCAGUGGUAUAUCAGAACUGUUCAGCACUGUGCUUGAAUUUCUGGGAUCCCUUGCGGAGUGAUGUAGAUCACAUUUCAUGAUUCAAUUGUCCAUCACGUGAGAGCUCGCUGUAUGUUUGGGGUCUAAUAGAGCCACCCUGUUUGUCAUUUUAUUUUAAAUGAGUGUUGUUUCUUAGUUUUGUGAUUUAUUAUGGUACUUUUUCAUACUGUAUCCAUAAGAAACAUAUUGUUUCGAAACUUACGUUUAUCAAGAAAAAUAUUGUAUAUAUCCAUAAGAUAUAUUUGCUUCUA